AUGUCAAGAGAAAGUCAAAAAGGGUCAUUCUUGGAAGCCAUCUCCCCCUGGAAUAUUCCUAGAAGUACCAAAGCGCGCCCCAGUUCUGACCAACAGGAUGUUCUUCCGAGAUGUCAAGGCGAAGAUCACACAAUCACACAUCGGCAUAGAAUUAGUCUGCAUCAAUACCCUCGAGAUUGCCCCCCAUUGAAGGUGAGAUGGUUCUAUGCCGUUGACUCGCCAAAACGAAAGCCACCCCUUUCAGAGCAUCAAAAGGAUGAAACGAAACCCCUCCCGCCACCCAAAAAAUUUAUCCCAUUUACAAUCAAGGACUCUCAAGACAUCGAGUCUGCUUUUCAGAAGCUUUGUGAUCAUGAGAUUGAGCAAGAGCAAGCUUGGAAGAACGAAACUACGCGGAAAAUCCAGGGUAUUCCUGUCACCGUACCCGUGAAUGAGGAUAAUCUCUUCGACGUGAAUGUUGGGCAGAGAGAACUCACACCGGCAUAUUGGAUAGGCCCCGUGUACGAGGUCCGCCGGGGGACAUGGUUUGUUCAAGAAGGAUCUUCAUUUAAACCGUGUGAGGAGAACCUGGCCACUCAACUAGAGGAAGGAUAUCUUAAAAUAAAGCCAUGGCGCUUGGUCAAGUCCCAGGACACCACAUCUCAGACUCUGGCUUCCUCUAAAUCCCACGAUCAAGAUGAGCUGCCCACCCAUAAUUACCCAUCUCAAUGCGUAUCCGAUGCUGAAUUUGCGAAGCAAUGCGCUCCGCAGCCAACGGCUGGUCAAACCGGUCAUUUGAAUUCCGCCACCGAUGAACCUCGAAAUUAUCGUCUGUUUGGUGCGUACAUGAAUAACAUCGUCACAUAUCAGGAUUCUUCCACGGCUCUGUUGACAAGCGAUGAUUUCAUGACACGGGUGAGCACCACUGUUUACCAGAAGCUAGGUGGCAUUGCUGGUACACGGGUAGUGCGUGGUUUUGUUGAACCCAAGAAACAGAAGGAUACGACGGCUGCCGUGAAGGGUCGUAACCUCAACAGUAGUCCAGCUCCCUCUCCUGCUACCCCCGACGCAGCUUUGACGGGUGGAAUAUCAAAGCCUGGACCAGAGUUGUUGUCGUCAAGUACAAUCCGCGAUCAAAGUUCAAAAGUCGAAAAAUUGAUUGUUAAUGAACCGAGAUCGACUCUAGAACAGCAAAUGUCAUCACUCGCUGGCGAACCCCAGAGUACUGCCGAGCUUGAGGAGCAGGCCCGAAAACAGGAAGAGAAGGAAAUGGAAGAUUCCAGAGAAGCCAGUAAUGAGGAUAGAGAGAGAGAAAUCGAUCAUUUGGUCCUUGUCACACAUGGAAUCGGUCAACGGCUUGGCCUACGACUGGAAAGCAUCAACUUUAUCCACGAUGUGAAUGUUCUUCGCAAGACCAUGAAGAGUGUCUAUAAGGCCUCGCCGGAUCUUCAGGCCCUAAACUCUGCUUUUCCGGAUAGUCGGACAAAUUGCCGCGUACAGGUCCUGCCUGUUUGUUGGAGACAUCGUCUCGAUUUCCCCCACAGAGGAGUUAGGCAGAGCCGUAAGGAACUUGAUCUCGCCGAUGCAGAUAUCAAUGAGGAUGAUUUCUAUCCUGGUUUAAAUGAUAUUACCCUUGACAGUGUACCCGCAGUUCGAAAUCUGAUAUCUGAUUUAGCCAUGGAUGUGUUGCUUUAUCAGAGUGCCUACAGUGAGCCUAUCUCUACCAUAGUCAAACAGGAGUGCAAUCGGAUACUCGACCUCUUCAAGCAGCGGAACCCUUCUUUCAACGGUUCUGUGAGUCUAUGUGGACACUCAUUAGGUAGCGCUAUCUUAUUCGAUGUCUUAUGCCAUCAACGGUCUGGUUCCUCUCGAGAAAAGAGCCCUGCCUCUGAAAAGGCAGGAAGUACGAACCAGUCACCCCAGGAGUCUGCCCUCGACUUCGAAUGCGAGGAGCUGUUCUGCUUGGGAUCUCCUAUUGGGCUCUUUCAGAUGAUAAAGGGAAACACUAUAGCGGGCCGGUCUGUGGUAGAGGGCCGAAUCUCCAAGGGCUCACAAGAAGAUGGAAGGGAUCAAGGACUGUCAGCUACUCCCUCCGGGGGGCAUAGCGCAUCGACAUAUACGAGGGGUGCCGCGUUCGGUGAACGGUCGACCAUUGUGUCAUCACCUAAUUGCCGGCAAUUAUAUAACAUCUUUCAUCCGUCUGAUCCCGUCAGUUAUCGCAUCGAGCCGCUCAUCUCACCCGCUAUGUCCUCAUUGAAGCCACAGCCUUUGCCUUCUGUGAAGAAAAGCCUCUGGGCCGCUCCUGGGCAAAGCCUUACAAUGAUUGGCAAUCGUGUAGGUCAGAGUGUGGGAUCGUUAUGGUCCAAUUUUACAACAGGCGUCGCAAGCAGUCUUUUGAACCGCAGCCUCGGCCUCGGCUCUGAUGAAACCUCUUCUGAGCCAGUCGACACUACUGCCCGGAAUUUACAGCCUCAAACAUCGCGGGGCAUAUCCCUUAUUGGAGGGGCUUCCUCUUUCUCUGAACCUGCCGACGAGUCGAUCCAGCAGUCUGAUGCUAAACACCGUACUCUGAUAGACUCAAAUCUGGAAACGCUCUACAAGGGUUAUCAGGAUCCUACACGCAGCCGACAUUAUAGAGCUUCGCCUUCGUUCGCUAGUGACCGUAUCAGGAGCCGGGAAAAUGAUAAUGGUUUAAAUAGACUGAAGGUCGAGGAUGCCAAGGUUAGGGCAUUGAAUUCGAAUGGGCGAGUUGAUUACAGCAUCCAGGAGGGUGCUUUCGAUAUCUCUUUGAUUGCUAGUAUUGCCAGUCAUUUGACAUACUGGGCAGAUGAGGACGUCAACCAUUUUAUCCUUUCGCAGAUGCUGUCUAGAAAUGGUCGAGAGCAGAGUGUAAAGCCCCAGGUUGGCUAG